CAACGUUUAAUUACGUAUUACACAAGUCGGGGCAAUUUCAAACGAUCCAGACCUUUAAAAGCUUAUGCUCAAAAGAAAAUAUUUUUAUAAGAUGUUGGAUAAUUCUUAUAUGUGUGAUUUGGAAAAUAAUAUACUUGCAAAAAUGGCAAACGGCAGCAGCAAUUUGGUAGAUGCAACACUUCUAGCAUUGGAAACCGGGAAUAUGUCGCCACUGAUAAAAGAAGAGUUAAAAUGUACUAUUCAAUCAAGACGAUUAGCCAAGGGACAACACGAAAUGGAAGUAGAAUUUCCAGAAGAAACAAAACAUGAGCUCACAGAGGAAGAGCGAGAUAAGAUUGAUAAACGUCGAGAGCAAAAUAGACUGGCAGCACAAAGAUUCCGAGAUAGAAAGAAAACUAAUUCUACAUCACUUUGCAAGAAAAUACAAGAACUGGAAGCAGACAACACACAGAAAUCAUAUGAAAUUAGGAAUCUCCGUGCAGAAAAGGCAAAGUUACAAACAAUGCUAUACGAACAUCUCUUAGUUUGUCCUAGUGCGAAACAAAGUAUCAAAUUUGAACCAUGAAAUUUGGUACUAACAGUGACCUAUAAUGGGAUUCCAUAUACCCUAAUAUGAACACCAGGAGACAAUAGUUAACUGACAUACAAAGAAUAAUUGGAAUAUUUUCUGGUUGCUCUUAUUCUACAUAUACAUCUCAUCUAAAUUGUUCGUAGAAUUCUGACAAGGACAAAGAACGUCGAAAACCUAUGAUAUAGUAGAAUGUUGUAUCAUUCAUGAUCAUUAGUUUGAACUGUCCAUACACUUAGCUGUAAUAAUGAGUAUCAAAGUACA